GUUCUUUUUCACUUUUUUCCCCCCCUUUUUUCCACCCAUUCAUCUAUCUUGUCAAUUUACUUUAUUAUUCAUGGUCUUCUUGCAAAGCCUGUAUAUACAAUGGUUAAUGCUACUCAUAUCGCGAAGCGUGCUUGGCGAGUACUUGUAUACGCCUGAUCAACGAGUCUUGUUGCGAGAGAGUGUCGCCUCUUCUUUUGAUGAUUGGAUACAGGAAGAAGAGCAUAUCAGUUACCAAGCCAUGUUCCGUAACAUCAACCCACCCGGUGCCGUGAAAGGGUUUGUGGCAGCUUCUUUGAGUACCCACCAUCCGGAUUACUUUUACACCUGGACUCGUGACGCUGCGUUAGUGGCCCGUGUCAUUGUACAUCAAUACAACACUACCGAUGAUACAUUGGCCAACAUGCUUCAGGAUUAUGUCACUUUCCAGAUUCACACACAGUCUACGCCCACCGUUUGCCAAUGUCUCGGUGAACCAAAAUUCAAUCCCAAUGGGACAGGUUUCCAAGGAGAUUGGGGAAGACCUCAGAACGACGGACCAGCCGAACGUGCUGUCACCUUCAUGUUAUUUGCUGAUAGCUGGCUUGCCCGUCAUCACGACAAGGAAUACGUAACUCACACCCUGCUGCCUGCCAUCUACGUAGAUCUCGACUAUUUAGUGGAAACAUGGUCCGAGCCGUGUUUCGAUCUUUGGGAAGAAGUCAAAGGGGUCCAUUUUUAUACCCUCAUGGUCAUGCGUCGAGCCUUAUUGGAUGGAGCACAGUUCGCUGCUCGUUAUCAUGAUGAAACGAGAUCUUCUCGAUACCAUUCUGUAGCAUCACUUAUUGAGGACCGCCUCACCACGUUUUGGUCUUCUGCCGAUAAUUACAUCCAUGUCACCCAAGAUCAAGUGCUCGGUGUUGAAAAGAGCUCCGGACUGGAUGUGUCCACUGUCCUUGCUGCUAAUAUCGUAGCGUACCGCAAAGAUGGGUUCUUCACUCCAGGUUCGGACAAGAUUCUGGCGACGGCGGCCGCCAUUGAAGAUGCAUUUUCCGAUCUGUAUCCUCUCAACUACCAUCUUUCAUCCAACCUUGGUACAGCCAUUGGUCGUUAUCCUGAAGACGUUUAUGAUGGCUAUGGCAUUUCUUUGGGUAACCCAUGGUUCCUCGCCACAAGUGCUUACAGUGAGUUAUAUUAUAAUGCCAUGCUUGAAUGGGCCGACCAAGGGGGAGUCUCUGUCAACCAUAUCAACGAACCGUUUUUCCGAAAAUUCGAUGCGGAUGCCGUCCGAGGCAAAAUGUACAAAUACGGAUCGCCCGAUUACGUGCGGCUCACUGAAAAUAUAGCAGCGGAAGCGGAUAAAUUUAUGGCCACCGUACAAUACCAUCAACGUGCCAAUGGUUCGUUAUCUGAACAAUACGAUCGAAUCACAGGAUUCGAACAAGGGGCAAGAGAUUUAACAUGGUCCUACGCCGCCUUUAUUACUGCCGUGCAAGCCAGAGCGGGAUCCCCUAUUCCCUAAUUGUCACAUAGGCUCAUUCACCAUUAACAAAAAAAAAAUGUUACAAGAUAUGCACGCCACCUAUUUCGUCAUACAAACACUGACAUUGUUCCACAAUUCUGAUCUUACACUGGAAUGUUCUACAGUGUUAUCCAAAAUGGUACCUUCAAAAGAUGAUUUAUCUCAUCCAUGAAUGUGAUCUGUUCCUUCUGAUUGCUUUGAACUUUAUACAUGUGCAUAUACGAAUUUAUAUCUUUUACAUUAAAAAGAAACUAAAA